CCCUCAUAAGAGUAAACACAGACAGAGGCUAUAUUUGUCCGUACACUCGGGAUAAACAACAACAACUAUUAAAUAGCAGUGUUGGUCUGGGAGAACUUGAGACAAGGAAGGAGGGAGCAGUGGCCCUACCGAACACCCAGUGGAGAGAGAGAGAGAGAGAGAGAGAGAGAGAGAGAGAGAGAGAGAGAGAGAGAGAGAGAGAGAGAGCGAGAGCGAGAGCGAGAGCGAGAGAGAGAGAGAGCUGAAUGGAAUGUCUCUGAUUCUUAAUGUUCCGUCUCAGAACACAUAACAACAUGGAACUUCUAUCGUGAGAAGGAUGACCUGCCACUCAUUGAGCUCCUUUGUACGGAGCCUGUCCAGGAGAAAACCUCUGGAGCCCGAGGGAGAGGAGUCCACUUUCAACCGCUGUCUGACCACCCUGGACCUGGUGGCCCUAGGGGUGGGGAGUACCCUGGGGGCAGGGGUUUACGUUCUCUCUGGAGAGGUUGCUAGGACGUCGUCAGGUCCCAGCAUCAUCAUAUCCUUCUUCAUCGCUGCCGUGGCCUCCAUCUUUGCCGGCUUGUGCUACGCUGAGUUCGGGGCCCGCGUCCCCAAAACGGGGUCUGCGUAUCUGUACAGCUAUGUGACGGUGGGAGAGCUACUGGCAUUUAUUACCGGAUGGAAUCUGUUGCUGUCCUACGUCAUAGGGACGUCCAGUGUGGCGAGGGCAUGGAGCGGAACCUUUGAUGACCUCAUCGGCAACGUCAUGGGGAAUUUCUUUAAAGAAAACCUUUACAUGGGCCUCCCGGGCCUCGCAGAAUACCCAGACUUCUUUGCUGCUGGGCUCAUUAUGCUCCUGGCAGGUCUGCUGGCCUUUGGUGUCCAGGAAUCGGCAAUAGUCAACAAGAUCUUCACGGCCGUCAACAUCCUGGUCCUUCUGUUUGUCAUUGUAGCGGGCUUUGCCAAGGGAGACAUCGGGAACUGGCACAUCAGUCAGGAGGUGCUCAUCAACGCUACAGCGGAAUUUCAGAACCUAACCUCUACAGUCAACGUGACCAGUAUAUAUGGGGAUGGAGGGUUCUUCCCGUACGGUUUCGACGGGACAAUCUCUGGAGCCGCUACCUGUUUCUACGCCUUCGUAGGCUUCGACUGCAUCGCCACAACAAGUGAGGAGGUGAAGAACCCUCAGAAGUCCAUCCCGCUGGGCAUCGUGGUGUCUCUCCUCAUCUGUUUCCUGGCCUACUUCGCCGUGUCGGCGGCCCUCACUCUGAUCAUGCCCUACUACAUGCUGAAUGUUAACAGCCCACUGCCCGUGGCCUUCGAGUACAUUGGCUGGGGGCCCGCCAAGUAUGUGGUGGCUGUCGGCUCGCUCUGCGCGCUCUCCACCAGUCUGUUGGGUUCCAUGUUCCCUAUGCCCCGCGUACUGUUUGCUAUGGCCAGAGAUGGCCUCCUCUUCAAGCCCCUCAGUAAGGUCAGCGCCAGACAAAGUCCUGUCAUCGCUACCAUCUCCUCCGGGGUCAUAGCAGCGAUAAUGGCCCUGGUGUUUGACCUGAAAGCAUUAGUUGAUAUGAUGUCAAUUGGGACACUCUUUGCCUACACACUUGUGGCUAUAUGCAUUCUCAUACUUAGGUACCAAGAGACCCAAUCAGAAGACUCAGAUCUCCAGAUUCUUGAAUCAAGCACCAAGUUUGGUUGUCUCAAACCACCAUCAUUCCCAACAUCGGGCACCUCCAAAACAGUCACAAGUUUGACUGUAUUUUCUGUGGUGUGUGUAUGCGGUCUGUGCAUCCUGCUGACCCAAGCGAUAGACGCUAUACAGCGGCAGGAGAUCUGGAGCAUGGUGUGUGUGUCCAUAGUAGCCUUCAUCCUCCUGGUCCUCGUCAUCAUCAUCUGGAGGCAUCCACAGAACCAAGCCAAGGCUGCUUUCAUGGUGCCCUUCCUGCCCGUGCUGCCGGUAGUUAGUGUGUUUGUCAACGUCUACCUGAUGGUCCAGUUAGGACGAGACACCUGGAUGCGAUAUGCCAUCUGGAUGGCCGUAGGGUUCCUCAUCUACUUUGGUUAUGGGAUCCGUAACAGCGUCCAGAAGCAGAGGAACCAGACCAGCCAGGUGGAGAUUGAGACCGUCAGCGGUGUGACGGAGAAGGAGGCCUUCAAAGAAGACAGAUUCUGAGGCUGAGUGGAAAGGACAACAUAGGACAGGAGUGGAGAGGAGAGGAGAAGAGAGGACAGGACAGAAGAGAGGACAGGACAGAAGAGCGAGAGACAGGACAAGACUGGAGCUAAGGACUGGAGCUGACAGGACAGAAAAGGACUGGAGCUGACACGACAGGACAAGAUAGGACUGGAGCUGACAGGACAGGACAAGAUAGGACUGCAGCUGACAGGACAGGACAGAAAAGGACUGGAGCUGACAGGACAGAAAAGGACUGGAGCUGAGAGAGAGAGAGAGAGAUAUUUACUGUUCACUUUUUAUUGUCUAUUUCACUUUUGUUUAUCCAUUUCACUUGCUUUGGCAACGUUUCCCAUGCCAAUAAAGCCCCUUGAAUUGAAUAGAGAGAGAGAGAUGUUCUGAUGUUACAUUGUGUAUUUAAGAGAAUUCCUGUCUACUGUCUAACUAAAGGCUGGUUUAUACUGUCUGUAACACCACUAGAAUUCAACAAGUGUAGUUGGUCAAAAUGACUUUCAUUUAUAACCAUUAUGUCUGUACAUUUCCACAGUCAUUUUCAACUUUAAAAUAAUGUAUUUUAUAAGGAGACAUCAUGGUGUUCUUUGAUAAAAAAAUAUCUUUGUUUUCUCAUUGUUUCGUCAUGGCCGUAUUGGUAUAGAUAAAAUACGACAUGUCCCAAAUAGAAAAUACAUUGCAAGUUUUAGGAGUUGAUUUGGUCAGCUGUUCAGUCCACAUCACGCUGGUUCAGAGAUCGUGAGGUCAUCUACCUGUGCAUCUCCUGAUGUUGUAGGAGUCCGAUGAAGAUGAGAUUUACAUUUACAUUUAAGUCAUUUAGCAGACGCUCUUAUCCAGAGCGACUUACAAGUACAUACAUUCAUAUUUUUUUUUGUGUACUGGAGAUGAAGUCCUUGAAGUCCUUGUCCCUGUGUAUUAGUCAGAGGCCUAUAUGAAUCAUUUUCUGAACAACAUAAUGUCAACUAUUGUCACAAGCUCUAACAAACUUAUCAGAUGGAAGUUCAACACUUUACCGUGACAACAUGAUGAGGGGAAAGAGUGUUAUUAAUACAGUAUAUAUUAUAAUUCAGAAAUGUUCACUAGUUGUUCACUGUUUUCACAAGAGACAGACUGACACACAUUUUCUGUUUUGACUUUCAGACAAAGCUCAUUCCUCAACCAUUUCACAACAAUGAUCUCCACAUUGGGAUGAACGCACACGGUGCAUUCUGUACAGGGCUUAUGUUUCUCACCAAUCUUUCCUUGAAGUCAUUCCAUAUUUACUUUUCCAUUUACCUUGACUUCACUGAUGUACGUGAUUUCUUAGUCGGAGAGAUGUCGAGCUAUGAUUCUGAAACCUCCUUCGAGCAGGAAGAGCAGUCAGUGUGCUUGCUGAAAGCGAGGACAACUACUGUAUUCCUACAUACUCCAGGCGUAUCAGUGUGCUUGCUGACCGUGUUGUUUGAGAAAAAUCACUUUGAUAACUAUUUAUACUUUUUGAACAAUGACUACAUAAAAUAGAAUGUAUUUAUAUUGAUUUACAAUGUGAGAUUUUUCAGAAUAGUACUGCUCUUCAACUGUUUAUGCUAGUCACAUCAAAAACAGCAUGGGACCUUUAUCAAAAAAAGUUAUUCAACUUUGUUUUUUAAACUUGUUCUACUACCGUAAAAUAUAAUAGUGGACAGCUGAAGAAAGCACAACAGUGUUUUGUUCAGGAAAUAGCCCUUUGCUAAUACGUUUCUAGAGAGUAUGUUGGAGUCCAUUCAACCAGCUAGAGUUGAGCUUUCUGUUUCUUCUACUCACCUGUGAACUAUGACAUGUGACUGACGGUGUGCUAAAGUUCACAUACUCACUGCUUUACCCUACUUGUCAUUGUCCUGGCAAUAAUAGAUGAAGCAAGUGAGUUUUAAAUCAGAGAAAGAUUUCUUUCUCCAUUUCUUAGAUUCCAUUUUUAUACAGGUAUCAAAAUGUUAACACAUAUAGAAUGUAGAUAUGAUGAAAAAUCGUAUUUUGAAUUAAAAUAAAUGUCUAGUACAUAGCUUAUUUUAAGAUUUUAACAAUAUAUUUUAUUGUUUCAUAAUGUAAAUACAAAAAUGUAUACAAUGACAUAAUGCAAAUGACUCUCAAAUAAACUUGAUCAUGUUCCAUUUUGGUCAAAGUCUUCUCACU